CUGCAGCUGUCAGCUGUUUUUAAGUGCAUGUUGACACUUGUGUUUAGAUGUGUGAGUGUGGGCUGUGACGUACGCCGGCUGGGAGCAAUGACCAGCUGCGUCACCGUCUGCAAGCGUGUCCAUCACAUUGAAGUCGAAUGCCUUAAGGAGGCGGAUAAGGUAGAAUACAGUCUGCUGCUGAUCAAGGGACGACUGCAGCCGAUCUGUGCCAGCGCUCAGCAGCUGAAGGCGACGCUUGUGGUACAUAAUAGAGAGCAGGAACAGCUGACACAGCUUUCUGCCGCAAGUGAAUUUAAGCUGCUCUUCGAUUUGUCCCAAGAGAGUGCGACAUCAGAAUCAAGCUCAGGAUCGGAUUCAGUAAAUUGUGAACUUCAGUUGCGCUGCUGCAGCGGGCAGCGUCAGCUACAGUUCAUCUAUCAGCCAAGGAGGAGCGCCUAUCGAGUGCAGCCGCUGUACUUGGUGUGCCGCAACAGCGAGAAGGAGCCGAAGGACGAGGUAGAGCAGGAGCAGGAGACAAAGCGGCGCUGUGAUUUAAUUGAUCUCAAUUUACGUCUGGUGCAGUGCAUCUAUGCUCACAAACUUAGCGCUGCCGGCUAUACAAAUCGCACAUUUACUUUGAACGGUGCCUGUCGUGUCUUUCGCUCGCAGUUGAGCUGCCAGGAGGCGCGCCAGUGCAGCGAGGACGAGCUCUGGCAGAGAUUCGCCAGCGAGAUACUCGCCUCCCCCGACUGGGGACAGCAACUCCAGCUGAAAUUCGUCGCCUUUAUAGGCUGCACAUGGUACGACGGCGCCGCAGUUGCAGCUAGCGGAGAUUACUCGUACGCGAACAUCCGGCGGCACUUGUAUGCUCACGCCGCUCUGGGCGGCGGUGGAUUGGCGCUCUUUGGCAGCGGACAUUUCUAUGCGUGGCCGCAAAGCUUCGCCGACAUUGGCGACUGCAUUCGGAGCACUGAGCGCGUGGAUGUGACUCGCCUGCCCGACGAGAGCAACUAUCGGCACACCUACGGCGGCGUCUAUGCCAGCACCCUGGGCGCCGUCUGUCACGAAUUGGGCCACUGCUUCGACCUAGGACACACCCUUGAGGGUGUCAUGGGCCACGGCUUCGAUUACCUGAAUCGCGUGCUAACCGUUGAUCAGCCCACAGAGCACUUGCCACAGCGUAUGGUGUCCACGCCACCAGCAGCAGCAGCAACAGCUGAGCCAACCACAUCGCUGCCUCGACCACGUUUCACGCAGCUAAAGAUUAAUCAGCCGGCGAGCAGCAAAUUCCUGGAUAACUAUCACGCUCAGCGACGCAACGAUAGCUUCUACUUUGCCCACAAUUGUGCAAUUGUUCUAGCCCAUCAUCGUUGGCUGCAGCCCGAUCUGGAGGCUAGCACCUCGGCGCCGCCGGAGGUUCAGCUGCUGGUAGCUAGCAAGGAAAUUGUUUCCAGUGUGGCGCUGCGUCUCCUCGAGCUGCGCUGCAAUCGCAACAGUCUGGCUGCACACUACGAGGAGUUCAAGCCGGAGCCAGCCACUCAUCGCUUCCGGCUGCCCGACGCGCUCUGGCAUCUGCUGGCUACGCAGAGGACGCACUACGUCUUUGUGCUGACCAUUGAAGGGGAUACCAAGCGUCUGGCCUUUGACGAGACGCCAGCAGCGGAGAAACCACAAGAGGAGCAGUGAAAAGAGAAGACGG